CCCCUGUCGGGACACCCUGCUGCUGACACUUCGGACCUGGUACGACUUGGGGUCUCUCUGUCCCCAGACCUCUUGAGUCCCUCGGUAGCUGAAAGCCUCCGGCCCGGCGCGCGGCAGACCCUUGGUCUGAGCCCCUGGACCGGGACUGCCCCCCCACCCCUCCGAGCCGGCACUUCCUCCCAGCACCCCUUCCCGGAGGCAGCUCUGAGGCCAAGACCGCCACCCCUAGCCUAAUCUACUAUCUGGAUGCUCUCCGGGCUGGGGCCGUGAAGCACCGAGGAGGAUCAGGAACACGGUGUCCGGCCCUGCCUGGGGUGUUUCUUCAAUGGAGAAGUUGGUGAAUGUGGAGGAGGCUGAAAGGAGAGAGAGGAGCUGCAGCUGAGGAGACAGGUUUGAGCUGGCUGGAGGGCACUCGCAAGCAGAAGGGGUCUGGCCACCCACCAGAGGAGCAAUAAGCAGAGUGCUUUGGACCAGCAUCUUCUCUAAAGGUGAAGAAGACUACUCCUCUGAGGCCGGGACGAACUGGGAACCCCUCCCACCAUGCUGCAUGCAAGCCAUGGUUGUUAGACACCCUAUUUACGGAGAGAAGAGACGUUCUUCUGUAAGGCUACCGCCUGUGACCUAAUGUCUGGUUGGUGAAAAGCAGACUCUGCUAGGAUGUUACACCACCACUGCCGGAGGAACCCUGAGCUCCAGGAAGAAUUGCAGAUUCAGGCUGCAGUGGCGGCCGGGGAUGUUCACACCGUACGAAAGAUGUUGGAACAAGGCUAUUCCCCAAAUGGCCGAGAUGCCAAUGGCUGGACCUUGCUCCAUUUCUCUGCAGCAAGAGGAAAGGAGAGGUGUGUCCGAGUGUUUCUGGAACACGGAGCUGACCCCACGGUUAAGGAUUUAAUCGGAGGCUUCACUGCUCUGCAUUACGCGGCCAUGCAUGGCCGGGCCCGGAUCGCACGCCUGAUGCUAGAGUCUGAAUACAGGAGUGACAUUAUUAAUGCAAAAAGCAAUGAUGGCUGGACUCCCCUCCAUGUGGCUGCCCACUACGGUAGGGACUCGUUUGUCCGGCUCCUCCUGGAGUUCAAGGCUGAGGUCGACCCGCUCAGUGAUAAAGGUACAACGCCACUUCAGCUUGCCAUCAUCCGAGAGAGGUCCAGUUGUGUGAAGAUCCUUCUGGACCACAAUGCCAACAUCGACAUCCAGAACGGAUUCCUGCUGCGCUACGCUGUGAUCAAAAGUAAUCACUCUUACUGCCGCAUGUUUCUCCAGAGAGGAGCAGACACAAACUUGGGGCGCCUAGAAGACGGACAGACUCCUUUGCACUUGUCUGCCCUCCGUGAUGAUGUGCUCUGUGCACGGAUGCUGUAUAACUAUGGAGCGGACACGAACACAAGGAACUAUGAAGGUCAGACCCCACUGGCCGUUUCCAUAAGUAUUUCAGGAAGUAGUCGGCCGUGUUUGGAUUUCUUACAAGACGUCACAAGACAGCCCAGAACCCUGCAGGACCUGUGCCGAAUUAAAAUUCGACAGUGUAUAGGCCUUCAAAACCUGAAGCUGCUUGAUGAACUGCCAAUUGCCAAGGUUAUGAAAGACUACUUAAAACACAAAUUUGAUGAUAUCUGAUAUACCUGGACUGUGAACAAGAUUAAGAGUUAUUCCAGAUACUUAAAAGGCUUCAGGCCUUGCACAAAGUAUAUCCUAUGCAAUUUCUGAUUUGCGGUCAAGUCAGAAAGCAGGUAUACACUUUUAGGUUUUUUGUU